UUGAACACUGCAUGUCUUCUUCCCUCGGCCGUGUCCAAACUCGCCGGAGCGUGCAUUUCACCGCUUAAGCACCCAUUCUUUACGCAGAGAUCGAAGAAGAAGAAGAAGAAGAGGUUUACCUCGUGAUGGAGACAGCGAUAUCCAAUUUAGAGGAAAAUAAGUUCAACAUUAACAACUCCAUGGAAGAUCAGGACGAGCUCGAGAUCUCUAGAACUCCGACAAGCUCUGUCUCUUCUCCGUAUAGGCGAACUUAUUCUGACAUCUUGGGAUUUUCCAACCGUUUUGACGUACACAGCUUCUACAACCGACCGCAACCAUCUGCUUAUAACGUUAGUGACUGCGACUGUGAAACCAUCGACAAACAGCAAGUGAACGAUGAAGAGGACAAUGAUGGAGGCAAUGAAGACACUUUUGCUGAAGAAGCAGAACUCGAAAUGAUGAAAGAAAGAUUUUCAAAGCUGUUGCUCGGAGAGGACAUGUCCGGAAGUGGGAAAGGAGUUUGUACCGCCGUUACAGUCUCUAACGCCAUCACCAAUCUAUACGCUACGGUUUUCGGUCAGAGUUUAAGGUUACAGCCGCUUAGCCCGGAGAAAAAGGCGUUAUGGAGACGAGAGAUGCAUUGUUUCAUGUCGAUAUGUGACUAUAUAGUCGAAGUUAUUCCUCGUUCGAAUGGCACAAAUGUAGAGAUUAUGGAAACCAAAUUACGAUCUGAUAUACUCAUGAAUCUUCCUGCGCUGAAAAAACUCGAUAACAUGCUUAUGGAAAUAUUGGAUAGUUUUACGGAUAACGAGUUUUGGUACGCGGAGCGUGGGAGCACGUCGAUGAGUUCGAGCAGCCGGGAUUCCGGGAACUUCAGGAAGGUUGUGGUGCAGCGUAAAGACGAGAAAUGGUGGUUACCCGUGCCUUGCGUUCCGGCGGAGGGAUUAUCCGAGGAGGCGAGAAAACAGCUUCGCCACAAGCGCGACUGCGCUAAUCAGAUCCAUAAAGCCGCAAUGGCUAUCAAUGACUCGACUCUUAACGAUAUGGACAUUCCCGACUCCUACGUUUCUACUCUUCCAAAGAGCGGAAAAGCGAGUGUGGGAGAUGCAAUAUACAAACAGCUAUGCACCACAGAGAAGUUUUAUCCCGACCAACUACUCGACACCCUCAAGAUAACGUCGGAGCACGAGGCUCUCGAGCUGGCGGACAAAGUGGAAGCCUCCCUCUGCACUUGGCGCCGCAAAUCCGGUGGCCUCGCCUUCUCCACGAAGGAUUUGUCAGACAACGAAUGCAAUGACAAGAACCACGUGCUUGCAGCUCGUGCCAAGAGCCUCCUCUUCUGCCUCAAACAGCGGUAUCCCGAGCUUUCUCAGACAUCCUUGGACAUCUGCAAGAUUCAGUUCAACCGAGAUGUAGGAAAGGCGGUGUUAGAGAGCUAUUCAAGGGUGCUUGAAGGGCUUGCUUACAAUGUCGUGUCGUGGAUCGAUGAUGUUCUUUAUGUGGAUCGAACUGUCAGAAACCGAGAUGACUAGAGAAAUACGUCAGACCAAACACCAAAUCCAAAGUCGUCUUCAAGAAUGCCCUCUUAAACAGAUCAUUUACGCCAUGUUUUGUUUUUGCAUUACCCAGUUUCUUGUUCGGAAAAUUCAUAAUUUGUUUGGAGAAUGAUGCGUUGCAUUCUGGUUC